GUUCUGAAGGUGUGUUCUGCUCCUCCAGGUGUUGAGAUGACGAGGAUCACCGACGCCCACACGCCGUCGAGCCGCACGGUGAACGCCACCCUCUACUACGUCCUGUCCUCCUCCGUGGCGCCGCUGCUGGACCGGAGGCUGAGCGGCGAGGAGCGCGUCCGCCUGGAGGCGAGCCUCAGGCACGCGGACCACUGCUUCAGCGGCCACGCCACCAUGCACGCCGAGAACCUGUGGCCCGAGCGGGUCGGCGGCGCCGCCCAGAUGCUGCAGCUGGUCACGCUGUGGACCCUCACGCUGCAGAAGAGGGGCUGCAAGGUGCUGGUGGCGGCCGGCGCCCACGGCGCCGCGCAGGCCAUGGUGCUGAGCUUCGGGGGCCUCCAGUUCACCGAGCACCACCUGCAGUUCCAGGCCGACCCCGACGUGCUGCACAGCGGCUACGCGCUGCGCGGCAUCAGCUACCGCCGCGACCUGCUGCGCCUCGCCGUGCGGCUGGACGGCGAGCGGCGGCCCUCGCUGCACGUGUCCGUGCGGCCGCGGGACAAGCCCGGCAAGCUGUACGCCUGCGAGGCCGGCUGCCUCAACGAGCCGGUGGAGCUCACCUCCGAGGUCAAAGGUCACACCUUCCCCGUGAUGGUGACGCAGCCCAUCACGCCGCUGCUCUACAUCUCCAGCGACCUGCGCCACCUGCAGGACCUGCGCCGCACGCUGCACCUCAAGGCCAUCCUGGCCCACGAGGAGCACAUGGCCAGCCGCGCGCCCGGCCUGCCCUUCCUCUUCUGGUUCAGCGUGGCGUCGCUCAUCACGCUCUUCCACCUCUUCCUCUUCAAGCUCAUCUACAACGAGUACUGUGGCCCCGGGGCCAAGCCCCUCUUCAGGAGCAAGGUCGGCCGUAGAAGUGAAGAUGGCGGCUGUGACUCCAGCAACGCUGCUUGAUGCUGGACGCCAUUAACCUGGUUAACCUUUAACCCCUGCUCCACCACCCUGAGGGUUGACCUUUAACCCCUGCUCCACCACCCUGAGGGUUAACCUUUAAUCCCUGCUCCACCACCCUGAGGGUUGACCUUUAACCCCUGCUCCACCACCCUGAGGGUUGACCUUUAACCCCUGCUCCACCACCCUGAGGGUUAACCUUUAACCCCUGCUCAACCACCCUGAGGGUUGACCUUUAACCCCUGCUCCACUGACCUUAGCUUGAAUCUGUUUCAUGAGCUAAUAAACAACGGCUGAGCUUCAGUCAUCAAACUU